AUGGCAUUCGUAAAACAAACCGAAUUUUCCGUUGAAUGUAUCAACUGGUUGGAAGAGGCAUUCGCUGAAAAUUACUUCACUAGCUAUGAUUAUUCGGAAUUUAAGAAUAUGGAAAUGAUGUGUAGCGAUUCCUUCAGAAACACCUUUCGAACGAAUUAUAAGGAAGAUAGCACUCUUUUGGUCGUGAAAUCAUUAUCCAUCAAAGAAAUCGUAAAUGAGUUAAAAUUUCAAAGAGAAAUCGGUUCACAUGAAAACAUUCUACGACCUUAUGGAAUCUCAAAGAUUGAAACCGCCUCAAAUUCUUUAAGCAAAUACGCCAAAUUAGAUAUUUAUAGCGUUGGUGUUUUAUUAUGGCAAAUAUCUAUAACAAAUGGAAACAGGGAAAUGAUCACCAAAAAUACACCAGUCGAAUUUAGCAAUUUAUACACUGCGUGCUGUUCAGAAGAUCCAAACAAUCGACCCUCAAUUAAACGCGUUGUAACAUCAAUUAAAUCAAUGGUCGAGAAAGUUGACCAAGAUUUGAUCUCACGGUAUAGAGUUGCAUUGUGCUACGAAAAUGGGAUAGGAUUUCAAAUAGAUUAUGAAAAGGCCUUUAAUCUAUACAAAUCGGUCGCGGAAAAAAGUACAUAUAACCUAGCGCAAUAUAAGUGUGGUUUUUUUUACGAAAAUGAAAAAGGUGUUAAGAAGGAUUUGAUGACUGCCUUUAAAUGGUAUACGGUCUCAGCAAAUAACGGUAAUAAGUUUGCACAAUACAGUCUGGGUUCAUGUUAUGAAAAUGGAAAAGGGGUGGACAUCGAUAAGGAAAAAUCAUUUAUAUGGUAUAAACAAUCAGCGCAACAAGAUUAUACCGAUGCGCAAUAUAAAACUGGAUUCUUUUAUGAAAAAGGAAUAGGAGUCAGAAAGGAUUUGAAAAAUGCCUCAUUUUGGUACCAUAAAUCAGCAAAGAAUGGGAAUAAGAUUGCACAAUUCAAUCUGGGUAGAUUUUAUGAAAAUGGAUGGAACGUUGAAAAGGAUGUCAUUAAAGCAUUUGAAUGUUUAGGAUACUUUUAUGAGAAUGGCAUAGAGGUGGAAAAGGAUUACGAGAUAGCCUUUGAAUGGUAUCGAAAAUCCGUAGUGAAUGGAAAUAAAGCCGCAAAAAUUAAAUUAGGCUUCUUUUACGAGAAAGGUAAUUGCUAUAGCAAAGGAAUUGGAACCAACGCAGAUAAAGAAAAGGCAUUCGAAUUAUAUCUGCUCGCCGCCGAAAAAGGAAAUGCAGAGGCACAGAAUUACCUAACAUUGAUGGAUGAACAUAAAGAAAAUGUUCAUGAAAUCAACCUUAAUAAAAACAGCUUACACCUUGAAAAUGUAGAGAAUAUUGUCGUAUUAUAG